GUUUGGAGUUCAUACUAACACAAAUACAUGUCUGUGUUCUUAUGUAAACCAUUUUAAAUGAACUGAUUAUAACAUUUUAUUUUUUUACAGGUGUGAAGAGUGAUGGAAUAGUACUUUCAUUCGACUUCAUGAACUGAAAUGUGUCGCGCAUUAUGAAAUAAAUCUGGCCAAUCACAUUUCUCCCAGCCAUUGGAACAUGUCUGUACUGACAGAUUUUGAGGGUGCCCCUCUUCAGCUAGGAGGAAUUGAUUGCGGGGUAUUCAUGUUGAGGUAUGCACUCCAUGUUACGCUCUCAAAGCCAUUUGAUUUUGCUGUGUCUGACAUGCCUAUAAUCAGGAAGUGGUGGUGCUAUCAGUUAAUUCAGACAUUUCCUCUGACAAGUCAAGUCCAACAACUAGUCACCCAGGAACAAGAACUACCAAAUCCAGAAGACAUGGAAGUCACUCCACCUGAGUCAGAAAUCAUGGAGAUCACCCCAACACCAGGAAUCUAUGACUCAGCUGUGAUGAAAAACAUUCAGCUGGCCUGUAAGUGGGUGGAGGAGAACCAACACCACUUUGCUGGGAAGAUUGAACUGCCAAAGAUCUUAAGGAUGAAGGAGGAUGAUGCCUUGUUGGCUAUCGCAAUGCGAGACUUGUUCAUAAACACCAUGUUUUAUGAAGGUGAAAGGGAUGAAGAACAAAUUCGGGCUCCCUUCCUUUUCACUUUUCAGAGAGUAGAGGACAAGGAAUUAUUCUUGCAGGAAAUACGAGACAAAAGAGAUAUCAGUGUGUCUUGUUUACACAACCCUAAUUUGUGA